AUGGCUGAUGCCCCAAGGGCACAGGAUCCCUUGCAGGAUCUUUGUGAAGAAGCCACUUGUCCUGUUUGCCUGGAUUAUUUCAAGGAUCCUGUGAUUUUAGACUGUGGGCACAACUUCUGCAGAGCCUGCCUGACCCAGACCUGGGAGAAGCUGGGCAACACACAAACCUCCUGCCCUCACUGCAGAGAAAUUGUUUCAUCACAGAACCUCAGGACAAAUCAGCAGCUAGCCAAUAUUGUAGAAAAAGUGAAAAUACUUAGUCUGCAGGGACUCAAGAAGGCACAAGACAAGGAGAGAGGCUGUGAGAAACACCAGGAGCCUCUGAAGCCUUUCUGUACAGAUGACGAAACCCCCUUCUGUAAGAAGUGCGACAAGGAGCAUCUUGAUCAUAGAGUGAUUCUUCUGGGAACGUCUGCUGAAGACUACAAGGGAGAUGCAGAGAUGGAAAAAAUCUGGUUUCUGAAGGACCAUAAGAAGCAUCUCUUGGCCCAGUUGGAAGAGAAGGAAUAUCAGAUUAGAAGGAAGACAAAUGACGAGGAACUUCCUUCUCGAGAAAAUCUCAUCCUGAAGAUGCAAGAGAAACUCCUGCAGGAAGAUGCAGAGAUGGAAAAAAUCACACAAAAUUGCUGGUUUCUGAAAGACAAGAAGAAGCAUCUCUGGACCCAGAUGGAAGAGAUGGAACAUCAGACUGAAAAGAAGAGAAAUGACCAGGAACUUUCCUCUUUAGAAAAUCUUAUCCUGAAGAUGCAAGAUGAACUCCUGCAGGCUGCAAAGAGCCUUUCGCAGAGGUAUUUUGUAUUGUUAAUAGAUUGUACAUCAUCUCCUUUUGCUUCUCUUUGCUUCCCUUCAUCUUUCUCUCUCUCUCUGUCUCCAACAGCAAAUGUCACUCUGGAUCCAGACACAAGGAAUCCCUGUCUCAUCCUGUCUGAGGAUCAGAAAAGUGUGAGAUUCGGAGACAAGCCUCAAGACCUGCCUGACAAUCCUGAGAGAUUCAGUGACCGAAUGUAUGUGUUGGGACGUGAGGGAUUCACAUCCGGCAGGCAUUUCUGGGAAGUUGUUGUGGAAGGGGAAGGAGACUGGUCUGUGGGAGUGGCCAGGAAGUCUGUCAGGAGAAAAGGCUCUGUUGACCCGGGUCCUGAGGAAGGGAUCUGGGAUGUGGGCAAGUGGGGAGGUGAGUAUUGUGCUACCAGUUGUCCUGCUAGUUCUGAUUUCCUGCUGAGUAAAGAGACCAAGCGGGUCCGAGUCUGUCUGAACUGCACAUCAAACCAGGUGGCCUUUUACAAUGCUGAUACUGGAGACCAGAUCUGCCUACUUUCAGAAGUCCCAUUCUCAGGAGAGCCUGUCCUCCCAUUCUUUUCUGCAUUUAAAGUCCACCUCAGAAUCUCACCUUAA